AUUAAUUUUAAUUUAGUUUGCAAUAACUCUUAACGCUGGUUGGACGUUGAAUAAUAAAUAAAAAAUGUUAAAAUUUAAUAAACAAUUAAUAGUUUAUGCGCUGGCGGUAAUCAGUAUUAUGCUUAUUCAACCAUGUCGUGCAUAUAGAGAAAUUUCCGGUUUAUUGGAUGAGGCCAAAGAAUUGACUCAUGAUGAGAUUAACGCUUUAAGACCUUUGUUCGCAGAGUUGCAAUUGCAAUAUGAUUUUGUGGUUAGCAAAACUAGUGAAGGAGCUCAAAUCGACGAAAUAUUCGAACAGCAAUAUGAGGCCACUUUAAGGGAAUUUGAGGAGCAACUUAACAACAUAUUCCCCCAAGAAGCAGCAACCCAGUAUGACACCAGUUUACCCUCAGUAGAGGAUAUUAUGGGCAAACCCGAUUUUAGUCUAAUGACCAAAGAACAACAAAUGGAAUUUUUAGAUAUGCAAAGUAUACUACAAGAUGCUCUAGAUGAGGCCCAGAUCAAUCUUAAUGCCUUAGUAGCCAGAGCUUUAAUGUUGGAAAGCAAUUUGCUUAAAAUUAAUAAACCCAAAAUUAUUAUGUUAAUUUUAAAGGCUCUAAAAUUGGGCUAUAAGGCAGCGGCUCGGGUGGGACGUGCUGCUUACUGCACUUACUCUCAUAUACCACAAUUAAAUACCUCUCUGCACUCUCUUUACGAAGGUGUAGAUUGCUAUUUAUACACUACAUCCCUGAUAGUUAAAAUCCAAAAUGAAACCUAUAACACUGUGAAGACGGUCAGGAAAAAUGUUUUUGAAUUGGCGGUAGUUUAUAAAAAGGUAGCCCAGAAAAAUUCUCUUAUGGGUAAAAUUGUUUCGGUAAUUUUAAAUGUCACCAAAAUAGCCAGAAGUAUUUUGGAUACCAUUAGCACUGCUAAGCAGGUUUUGGAUAGUGUGGAGCAUCAAUUGCCUUCGGCUGCCCAGGAAGUGGCCAAUUGUGGUUCAAAUUUUGCCGUUAAAAUACCUUUCAUGAUUGAGUCCGUUUCCAAUGUUACCGAGUGUAUAUUGUUUGUUGAUAACACCAAGAUUGAAUACGAUUUUAUGAAACCCGAAGAGGAAUAUAAUAAGGAACCCCAAACAUUUAUACCAGAUAUUGAAAAUGAUGAGAACGAUGAGGAUGUGGAAGAGGAUGCUGGUGAUAGUAAAUAAGUUUAAUAUUUAAACGAGUUUUUUUUUUAGUUUCUAAUAAUAAAGUUUUGUUUGUAAAGUUA